AUGGUGAAGCCACUUGUUUCCGCCAUGAAUGCAUGGACAUGCAUCGUCCUAUCCGUGUUCGCCAUCGUUAUCCUCUCCGUCAUCGGAUCGCUGUUCAAAACAAGCAGCAACACGAUGAUGGGCACGGAUCAAGACCCUGAGGAUGGAGCCGGUGUUGCAGGAGCAGUCUUUGGAGCUGUUGCCAUAUACUUGGGCUUCUUUGUCUUUUGCGGAUUCCAGGCCUUCCUUCAUAUCCGCGAGAGCCGCCGUGGCGCGAUAAGCCUGUCAUAG